AUGGUGAAAGGGGCGGACAAAAAGAAGAAGAAAGGGGAGAAGGAGAAAGAUAAACUAACGAAGGGGAAGUCUGCCGAGCUGACGGAGGAGGCCCUGUCGGAGGCCGAGGCGAUGCAUUCGGAGGGGAAUCUGAUGUGUCGGGUGGUGUCGGAGCAGCAGGAUGAAGCCACUCCAGAGGCCAUGUCCGAGGGCUCCGAACGCCAUGGCCAGCCGCAGGAGACCCCGGCGCUUUAUUACGAGGAACCCGUCCUGACCAAAUUAAUCGUAGCGAGCUAUGAGGGAGAGAUAAUACGGGGCCUUUAUGAAGGUGUAGGGACUGCCCAUUUCCAAGGAGGCCAUGUUUACGAAGGCGUGUUUUCUGAAGGCCUUAUGCAUGGUAGAGGCACUUACACAUGGAGGAACGGAAUAAAGUAUGAAGGAGAUUUUUCAAUGAAUACCCUGACAGGCCAUGGCACUUAUACAUGGACUGAUGGCAGUACCUAUGUUGGCGAGGUGCUAAAUGGAAUACGCCAUGGACAGGGGAUAUUCACAAGCGCACAUCAAUCUGUUUCUUACACUGGAGAGUGGCACGAAGCCAAGAGACAUGGGAAGGGCACCAUAUACUACAACCAAGAAGCGAGCUCAUGGUAUCAAGGUGACUGGGUGAACAAUGUCAGGGAAGGCUGGGGUAUAAGGCGGUACAAGAAUGGGAAUAUGUAUGAAGGAGAAUGGAAAAACUUUCAACGCCAUGGGGAAGGCACCAUGAGUUGGACUUCUACAAAUGAAGAAUACACAGGCCAGUGGGAAAACGGCAUACAGCAUGGAUUUGGCAUCCACACUUGGUUUCUGAAGCGGGUGCCAGGUAGUCAGUAUCCACAGAGGAACCAAUAUGUAGGGGAGCUUGUGAUGGGAGCCCGGCAAGGGCAAGGCAAGUUCUUCUAUGCUAAUGGAGCAGUGUACUCUGGAGAAUGGGUGGCAAACAAGAAGCAUGGUUUGGGGAAAUUCACGUUUACGAAUGGUCGUACUUUUGAAGGAGAGUUUUUUGAAGAUCGUAUGGUAGAGUUCCCUAAUUUUUCAAUUGACGGAAUGAACACACCGGACCUCAGUUCUAUACGCACCCAAUCGCCACGUAAAACUGAUAACAUCAAAACAAGUGGUUCAAAGGGUGUCAUUAAAUCAGUUCUGGAACGUAAUGUGGAACUUGAUAUUGCUUCACUUUUGGAGAUGAUCCCAGAGGAAGACAGACAAAAUGAGCUUAUGCAGUUAGAGUACACUACUCUCCGAUAUCUGGCAGAGCUGAAGAAAAUAUACGGUUUCUACAGUAGCCUGGGACAUCAGCAAACACUGGACAAUACUUUCUUAAUGAGCAAACUCCAGUUCUGGCGUUUUCUGAAAGACUGUAAAUUUCACCAUAAUGCCCUGAGUCUGGCUAACAUGGAUAGGAUCCUUCAUGCCACAAAUUUUCUUAUUGAUGCAGGAAAAUUUACGACAGUGGAGGAAACUCACUCUCCGUUUGAUACAUUACUGUUGGGGAAAUUCCUGAGCUAUGUCAUUAUCCUGGCAUACCAUAUUUACCACAAGGAGCAUGAAGGCCAUGAUUCAAUACUUGCUGCUUGUUUUUCUAAGCUAAUGACCAACAACCUUAUCCCUCACGGCUGCAAUGUUAACGGGAAUCUGUUUCAAGAAAAUCAAUGUAUUGUAAUCACACUUGGCUACAUAAAUAAAUGCUGGGAGGUGUACAGAAUGUACUGCGUUCAAAACCGUAGGCCACCCAACACCAACAUCAUGACAAUGAGGCACUUCAUGUGGAUGCUCAAGGAUCUAAAUUUAUUAAGCAAGAACUUAACAGCAACUCAUGUAGUACAGAUCUUGUCUGAGGAUAACCCUGCAGUGUCUGAUGGAACCUACAAUAACAUGAACAUAGAGAUGGUUUUCUUGGAGUUUCUGGAAGCACUUAUUGCAUGUGCAACAGUGUAUGUGACUAAAAGAUUGCUCGAGAAUUCAGAAGCAUCCUCUAGAUCUUCGGUUGAGGUGAAAGUAUUACACAUAGCAAGUGAUAUGUCUAUGCAAGUGGUCCAAGCGCCUUCAGAGCAGAUUACCCAUGAAUCAUCUGCAGUAGAAGCGAAUGAACAAAGCACAAAAGCCCCUGUGAAGAAACGUGGUGAAUCUACUCGAAAGAAAAUUAAAGCACCUGUCUCAUCAGCUGAGAAACCUUCGAAAUUAUCUGCCCAUCAUGAUCAUAGUAAAACUACUACAUCCUCUACAAAGACCUCUUCAAAAGAAGAGGAACAAAGCCAUAAAGUGGUGCAAUCUGGACCUACAAAGGAAAUUAAUAAAAUGCCGUCCAAGGCCCCUCUGAGUGAAAUAGACAAAGUGGCAGGAAAGGCCCAAUCAGAAAAGGCUCCACAUGAAAAGGCUGAAUCAGAAAAGGCUCCACCUGAAAAGGCCCCAUCAGAAAAGGCUCCACAUGAAAAGGCCCCAUCAGAAAAGGUUUCAGCAGAAAAGGUUUCAGCAGAAAAGGCUUCAGCAGAAAAGGUUUCAGCAAAAAAGGCUCUGGUCAAGUCAGGGGCUGAGUUGGAAUUCUGGUUGAGUCAAAUUUAUUUCUUCUUCAUGAAGAGGCUAUUUCCAGCCUUUGGACAUGCUGAAGUUCUGAAAGUGGAGGCAAAGAGGGACAUUGUGCGACAGAAUGAGCUGGCUCGCCAGGCUGCGGUAAAGGCUGCAACAAGAGCUAGAUUGAAACAGGAAGCCUUUGAACAAGAAGAGACUGAAUUGACUUUGAUUGAACAUAGUGAAGAUGGAGAUACAUUUACUAAUCCAGUGCAGAAGGUGCCCACGGAAAUUGUCCAUGUAGUGCCAAACAAAAAAUCCAAUGGAACCAAAAAGAAGAAAAAAUCUCUAUAA